AGUCCGAGUCCCUGUGCUCGUCUAAUAAUGCCUGCGCAACCUUGAGAUUCCCACUGGCAUCCCUCGCUACGCUAUCAGUCCUUUGAUACCUCUAAUCGAGCUCUUUUGAUCUAGUACUUACGACGCCCUCGUUCUUUUAGACCAGGAUUUUUCUCGUUGCACCACGUGAGUUUUUUUUCAAAUUUUGCUAGAACUUUGAACUCACAAUUAAUUAGUACAUUGAUCCAUAUAAUCGACGUUUUCUUCAACAGAACAAUUUUCCCCUGUUUUUAAUUUUAUUCUGAUUCCUUUCCUUUUCUCGACACGAUACUGCAAGAUGAUGGACCUUGCUCCAGUCAGGAAAUCCUCUUGCCGUUCUAGCUGCAUCCUGCUUGCUGCGGGUGCGGUGCUGCUGCAAGAGAAUGUGCAGCUCGUAAGCGCAGCCGUGGUAGCCUAUCCUUUGACGUUUACGGAUCAGUUCCGGUAUCGCGAAUAUACCAAAAAUGCUGCCACCACGGCGUUUCAGACGCUCGAGACAGCCGAGCUGGCGGUGAAAAAUGGCACUGCAGCCGAGCAGCGCACUGCCAUUGGGGGACGCCGCAGCAACUCAACCUGCGGUAUCACGCGUGUGCACAUUUCGGGACAGCUGCACCCCGUCUUGACCCGAACACCCGUCGACUUCGGCAGCACCCCAACAGCCGCACAAAUCACGGCAGCUGAAACGGCGAACAAGGACGCCGCGGAACAGCUGUAUCUGGGCGUCGGCGGCGUGUCCUCGUCCACCACUGCGUAUAGUUCUGCGGCAAACAGUCCGCUGGCCAAAGCGGUCCUAUCUGCGCUCGAGAAAACCGUGAACAGUAGCCUGUUGGAUCCCGUGUUGGCGUUGGACUUCGACACCAGCGGUGCCGACGCCGCAGACAACGCGCAGCUGGCUUUUGCGAAAGGCUGGCGAUUCGACAAGAACAACGGCACCCACCAUUUCAAGCAGACUGCGGCUGCUGUGACCGCUGGCUCUUGGAUUCAGAAGUACACCAUGCAGUCCACAGUGGGCUUCACGCUGGAGUACUACCUGUCCUCCGCCACUAUGGACAACCAGGAUCUCGCCAAUAUGAAGCUGCGCACCGACAUCGGCAACGCGCUCACUGGCUCUCUCGGAGGUACUGGAGGUUUGCUCCCGAUUCUCCCAGUUACGAGUCCGUUGUUCCCUCUCUCUUUUGGUUCUGCGGCUGCCACCACAACCGCUCCCACAACCAUUUCGACUCCGGCACCAGUCACACUACCAACAACCGGCACCUACGCGGCGGCGGAUGCAGCCGCCAUCUACAAAAGCUUCCAAGCAAACCUUGCUGCCGAAAUACAGGCUGCGGCCAACGCGAUUACCUUUACGGCCUCUGGCAACGGAAACAUCAGGAUGGAGCCAACCUUCCACCUCGGACAGCUCUCUUCUCUGGGGGGCCAAACACAGAGUGUGGUAUUCUUACCAUUUUUAGCCGGCUUAUUUAUUCUCUUGAGCUUGACGGUAGUUCGGAUGUAGCUCAGAUCCCUUUCUCACAGAUAGUACGAUAGCAAUUCAUUGUUAUAUGCAGCCAGUAUAUUAACUAGACUUGUUCUUGUUGACCUUGACAGGAACAGAUUGUACAAGAACGUAGUCAGCUUUCAAUCCAUUUUGUUCCUUCUUUUGACGAGGAAUGUUGGCCGUUUUUUUCAGGUGAUGCAUCCAGCUUGCGUGGAUGUUUCGUGCAACAUCGAGCGAACGGAGAUCAGUGGUGCUUUUAUUCCCAGGAUCCAGGUGAACACCAUCGACGCUGCCAACGAGGUGACCCUCGCCACACUUGCCGCGAAGCCAAUGCGUGACGCGUUCUUUGCAGCAAUGAAGACCCGUGCCAGCUUGUUUCCGAACACUCAAUUCUUGCCCGUUGAUGCGGAUUUUGGCCUGGUAAGGGAGUCUGCAAACCGUUUUUCCUUCUGGAAUCUUACCAGCUUCACGAAAGCGGAGGACGCAGGAACCCGCAUCUCGAGCUUUUUUCCGCGCAUCGACUACAAGUUCGAAGUGCGCACGUCGCAAACGGACAACGCCGUUCACAACGCCGAGCUCCGAACCUUGUUGCGGAACGAGCUAGACGGCGCGCAGGAUUCCGCGACCCAUCCCGCUGCCGCCGGCGCUUCGCCCACCGGAGCAGCUUUUCAAGCGGCAUUCGCGACUGCCCUGGCCGCGCACGCGAAUUGGCCCACUGCUGGGUGGUCGGUGGCCUCGAUCUUUCAGACGGGGUCCUUGUUGCCCACGAUUGGCACGCCCAAGAGCAACGCCGCCUGUCCGCACACGCUGAAGUGCGGUCUUCCCUACGAGUUCAUCGAGGCCACGUUUGCUACCGAACUGGCGCCGAGUGUCACGAUGACCUCUGCCGCAGAGGCGAGCGCUGUGGCUACGACCCUGUUUACGCCAGCGAUGCCGGUGAAUGCAUCGACACUCACCUACCCGCUAACCGUAGCGCAUCCGCACUACGUUCCGACGGUGGUGCCGUCUCUCUCAACCGCCACAACGACUACCACAGCCAGAGCCGCUUUGUCGCUUUCUCUCUUCGCGCAGGCUCUGCAAGCGGGUUUACGUGCGGACGGUGUGUACGCAACGGCCGGCGAGCAAUUGCGUGGAGGCCGCGCUUUGGACAUCAAGCGCAACGCACCUUUUUACUCGCCAGAACUGUCCUUUAAGGAUCUCCAGUACACCAUCAUCGCAGACAACAGUACGGCUUUUCAUGCCCUGGACACGGCGACAAAAAGCGCUUUUACAUCGAGUAACACCAGCACUAAGAUCGUCGUCACAGCGACUCUUCAGGUCUCCUAUGCAGACUCGUACACACUUCUGCCAGCAGAGGGAUAUCAAUUUCCGACGACCGCACGUGUCAAUGCCUUGCUUGCGACUCCAGCAGCGAGCACUCUCCUCACUUCGGAAUUGAACAAGACGCUUGCGACUGCUCUCACGGCUAGGUAAAAUGAUCUCAUCCUCUAUCUAUUAAUGUAUUUCUGAUGUUGAGACUUUAUGAGGUUGGCACCUGUACUCCUCGUGCCGGGAGCUCCGGUUCGUUUUCAGGUGGUGCUUCUGGCCCAGCGCCCUGACCAGAUCCCUCUACUUCAUCGGUUUACCAAUUUAAGCAUGACAGGCCGAACAAGCCAAACGCCCAUCCACCUCCAAAUAGAUCUAAAGUUCUAGUGACUGCAGGGGUUAGUUUACUAAAAAAGCAACUACAAUCUAGUCCUCUCAUCAUUGUUUAUGAUGUUGUUCCUUAGUCGUUGUAGCAAUAGCAAAGACUUUUCAUCAUUUUCUCUCGAUGAAUAAGUGGACCGCGGUCUUUUCAAAUUAUUUCAAUCCGCAUCUCGUUGCAGGUCUUGCCACUCAACAAGAUGUCCUUUUUCUUCUCAAAAACAUCAGCAACUUUUCCGUGUUGACGAUUACGCCUUCAAAGUUCGAGCGUUCUGGCGGUUCAUCAGCUGUUGUGGCCUCGAAUCGCACCACGGCGCAAACGACGGCUUUGAUAUCCUCUGGCGCAUUCAAUCCCUAUACUUGUGUCGACUACGACGCGCAUGCACAGCAAACGGCGGCCGCUGCAAGGGCUGUGCGGUUUUCGGGCGAAGCAGCGAAUACGAGCUACACCGCUUUCUACUCCAAAAUGAAUAUCGGUCUCAACGGGGUGACGACGGUACAUAUCAGGGACACUCACAUGACAUGACUACUCAAUUUCUUCCAAGUGUUCUUGUGCAACUGCAAGUCAUAGUCAAAGGUGUCGUUUUUGUUCGUUGUUCGUAGAUGAAAGUGGAGAAGUAAAUGGGGUCAGAUGUUAUGAUGGUCGCAAUGAAGUUGAAGAUAAGUGCACGACAAUGAAGAUGAUCUGAUCCGAAUAUGUAGUAUAUUUCCGUUUUCCCCAAGGCUUUUCAUCGUCACCAAUCUACUUCAGGUUCCUCCCACAGACGCUGCUUUGAAUGCGGACGCGAAGAUGUUGUUGAGUGUGCGCCAGUCCAUUGCUGCCGGUUUGGAGGGUGUCUCGGAGUUGGAUGUCGAGGAAGUUGUGAUGACCAUGAAAACCGUACCCCUUGGCUCUGCUACUUUGCGACGAGCGUUAGGUUCUUUCCCUCCCCACCUAGAAGGGGAAGUGGAUGGUAAUGGUGUUCCGUUAGACAGCAGAAUGCUUUCCUUAAGGCUACCGCUAAUCCAUCUCUAUAGGCUGCAUGAUCCCUCAAGAACCGUAUGCGGCCCAAUCAAUACAAGGGCGGGGAACAAUAGAUACCCACGCAUACGCUUGAGGGAUGUCCACAGGGAUGAACUAGGAAAGGGUCUAAUUUCCUCCGACAAAGCAGUGCUGUUGUCCACCCCAGUCCCAGUUGAUGUGGAGCAGCCAGCUGCAGCUCCGGUGGAUGUUGCUACGUCAUCUGCAGAGAUGACUGGCGCAAACAGCGAUGACCAACAGGAGGACGGCGAACAAGACGCGACUCCGUUCGUCGAGCAAGUUGACGAUACAACUGGCAGUGCCACUGAUGCUGUUGAUGCGGCGUCUCCUCGUGAAUUAACGACCGCUGGCAGUUCCCUUGGCAUCCUUGCCGUUUCGUUUUCUCUCUUCAUGUCGAGUACGAAAGCCGCUACGGUGUCGACGGCCCUGACCAAAAGGUUGAGCACGGACGAGUCUAACGCCGCUGAAGCAGGUAAAUUUGCGACUUCGGUAAGUACCACGUUGGCCACCAAGUUGGCGACAGGUUCGAAGACUGUGUUAGGCGCAGCAGGAUCCGUGACAGUGGGAGACGUGAGUGUCACGUCGUCGGCGACUCAAGAAACGGGAAGUUUUUCAGCCUUGUCCACAAAAGUGAAGACGAAGUUGGCGACAGAUGCUGCCACUGCAUUGACGACUUGCAGAGAGUACCAGACCAUGACCGCAAGGAUGGAGGUAAAUACAACUACUUCACAAUUUGAAUUUGCCUCCAGUAGUAACUAGGAGUACGAAUUUAAUAUUUUAUGGUUCCAGAUGAUAGCAUUCUGUCGUCCGAAACUCUCUAUCUCAACGUUUUUUGUACUUGUUCUUGACCAUGAUAUUGUCAGGUAUCUUACCACCGUGCUGGCACGUUGCUUACUGCUGCCGCCGAGAGAUUGGAGUUGGCGCAAUUAUCCAUCUUGGAGUAUCCGGUUGCUAUCGCCAAGGGUCUCAAUGCCAUGAUGUCAACUGCGAGUUACAAUACCUCUUUUACCGCAGCUGACAUCGAUAUCACUACUGCUGAGCUCAUCUUGUACGAACCGUUUGACGCCAACGUUCCCGCAAAGACCCGAAUGUUGUCGCAACAGGAUGGAGGGGAUGUUAGCUCAUUCAACUACAACGCGUUUGAGGAUGAUAAGAGUGCAGCCUACUUGACCACGAACUACAAAAACUACGAUAACUCCAUUUGGGAACCGUCAUCUACUGAAAUGGGCGGUUAUCUGUUGGCCUCACGCAACUCUGAUUCGGAGCAUCGUCGUUUCCUUGCCGGCACCCACGGAACGCGUGUGGCGGAGAUUCUGGAGCUCCAACGUACUCAGAGCGUCUUGGGCACGCUGCCCGUCGCCUUCGUCACUGGUGGCGUUCCCUUUUCCACUGUGAAAUUUCAAUUUGUCCAGACGCGCGUGCUGUUCACGUUCCGUGUGCCUCUGCAGUACAUCGGCAGCAGUGGAACGGACCUGGCGACCGAGAUCACGGCUGACGGCGGGUCCCCAGAUGCCUUCGUGCGUCUUCCAGCUGCCCAGACCGCUUUUCAGGCCAGUGCUGCCACCAAGCGCGCCGCGAACAAUCUGUUGCUGAAAGAUGUCGUGGACAGCUUUGGCAGCCGGGUCGGCGGCCGCGAUUUCACCACCGCUGGUGAUUUCUCGGCUGGAGUCGCCGCAUCAAAUGUUGAUCCUGACAGUGGCAGUUUGGUUUUUCUCCCCUCGAUCGGCACCACAACGACGACCUCAACCUUGGCCCCGAGAACUACCCCUGCGGCACUCUCUACUACUGCGUUCUAUCAGCCGCUCGGUUACGUCGAUUCCGCAAAAGUCGCAAAAAAUGCGUUUCCCGGUUGCGCCGCACAGUAUGCGCAUCCGAGUGGCUACCGCUACCUGUUCUUCGACGCGCGUGAGUUCGGCUACGAGAGUGGCUGCCUGCAGAACGACUGUUCGAACACGCACCGUUUCCACGAGGCCUCGAACGCCCGUUGUUCGCAGAUCUGCGCGUUCCUGUCGAAAUGUGCGGGGUGGGACCACGGCGUCGAGGCUGGCGUGGCCACGGACGGAUCUGGGCGGGUCGUCUACACGGGAACCUGUUGGCUACACAGUUCGCGCACCAAGACGUACCUGACGUACUACUCUGAAGUGAUGAAAACCGGCGCCCUCUUGGUCCUGGACCAGGUGAAGUACCCCUCUGCAACCUACGACGCGACUCAGGACAUCGUUCAUCCGUCGCUCGCGACUUUGCAAGCGGUGUCCGCGGCGGACGGAAAGGUGAGAACGCUUGGCGUGAGCAUGAAGACGUUCACGAGUGGCGAGCGCGCCUGUCAGGCGGGCGCCCGCACGAGCGACGUCUGCGUGCUGCCUCCCUCCUACUGCAAGGAGCGUCCUACGGUCACUGGAGGUUUCUCCAAGAGCACCAACUUUGCCUACGUCUAUGACGACUGCGAUGGAGACGGUCGCCAGGACCACGUCUGUACCUACACGAUUUCGUCCACUAGCAGCAGUGGCGUAGUCUCCAACACUCCAGCUUUGAAAUUCAUCUCGUCGCAGAACCAAUGCGCCAACAUCAAAUCCGUUUCCAAUGGUGCCACUAACAGCCAGAAGAACUGCCGUGAGCGCGUUCUGUGGCACGUGAACAACACCAACAGGAACUGUACUGCAAACCAGGCUAUGCCGGUUCACUGCAACGUGAAUAUGGCCACCAAGCGUUUGGCCGAGUACUCCAAUAUCGCGACCGUGCAGGCGUGCCACAACCUCUGUCAGGCAAAUAGGCUGUGCAAAGGGUUCUUUAGGUACGCAGGUCGACCGUCGAACAGUGACAGCGAGGAGAACGCUUGCACUCUGAUGAAGGAAGUAUGCAAUGACGGCUACUCUCCCUAUCAGCAAUUCUACAACAUCUCGCACGGCCAAACAGCAGCUAGCUGCUCCUUCGUCGCUGAAACGCCACCAGGAUUCAAGAUUGAUGGAGGUACCUACUAUUACUAUCCAUGUUGGAAACAUUUACAUUUGCAUAAAAAUCUAGUACUGAGGCUGCUUCUGGAUUGAAUUCCUCAUGCAAACUAUAAGUAAUACAAGAACCAUGCGACUAUUAGCAGCUUGACAGAGGACAUGAGGUUUUAACAGGCAACUGUAUUCACCGUGGUCGCAUGUUUUUAUUUCAUGUUCUUGUUGUAUCUAAUUCCAAUGCCUCCAAUGUUCUUCAAGAACAGGUAACUACACUGGAUUCCAGAAGUCGAAGCUCGCUUUCGAGGAUGCCUUUGAAAAGCAGAUAAAGUCUGUGAUCGACGCCGCGCAGACUACUACAGUGAGCGCCACAGCCGUGACGCCCUUGUACCAGAAGUUGUACUUGUCCUCUGCCCACGCCGCACAGGGAUCGCUGCGCGAUCACGGACGCAACGACACUUGCGCCUACACCGACUUCGAGUUUUUCAUGGUGGGCCUGGAGAUGACCAUGAUUUUGCCAGUUACCGUGACCGCUACGGAUCUGCUGACCACGGUGGCCGACACAAACGAGACCGCCUUGUACAAGAGUGCGUCCGUGCUUAACGAAACGUCGCAGACUUUGGCCGCGGGCGUGACGACGGUACCUGUGUCUGUCGCAUCUUUGUUGCAGUCCGCGCUUUUGACUGCGCUGACCAGCGUGAACGCCACACAGGUCCACUCCUUGGAUAUCGACUACGUGGGGAGCACGAGCACGACCCUGUCCGCUUUGAACUGGACCGCGUCUUACCCCACCGUGACCGAUCCGAGCACCAUCACGACCCCCAGCGGCGCCGUGCAGCAGCAGCUGUACAACCUGGUGCAACGGCAGGUGCUCGUCAAAAUCGUGCUCAAAGUGCGAAAAAGCAGCACUACGUACAACGCAACGGUGACCGAAUUGCGCUCGAAAUUGACGCUCCCAACGAACACGACGUUGACGCCACGCGCGCCCUUGGCUGUCAGCCUCGAAGCCUCUUCGCUCUUUCCCACGGAAGCGGUGUUGCAGAAAACAGGCUUGCAAGGAAAGUUGGGUGCCUACACGCAAGCCGUGGUGGGCAAAACCGAUCUGUCGAAGGCCUCCUACGCGACGCUAUUGGAGUAUGCGCCUUUUGGCGGCAGCAGCGAACUAGAAUUCGAGCAGAACAUGAACUGGACGUGCACUCCGGAGUCGAUGGACGUGAGAUCCAGGUUCUACACCAGCUUGACGCUCAACGGCGCGUUCUACACCACGAAGCCAGUGGAUUCACAGCUGGAAGCGCUAGCUCUGAUCAUUCAAGGUGCCGUGGAGGCGGGCGCCGGUCUGCCGCCUGGAACCUAUCCAACGCGGGUCGCACCUCCUGCAGCUUCUACCGCGACGACAACUCUGUCUCCGGUGCUGUCAGCAAGCAGUGACUACUUGAAGAAUUCAAGCCUAGUGACGAUCGUGGCACCAGCUACGCACUUGCUGAGUUUCCCGGCCACCGACGUGCAGAUCAUGGUGCGGCUCGACACAGCCGCAUCGCUGGCUGCCGUGAAGAGCGCUAGCGUGACCAAACGCCUCUCCAAGGGCCAGGCAGCGGAUCGCACGCUCUUCCGUAGCAACUUCGAGACCUACGUCGCCGCACGCGUUGGCACCAAUGCCGCCGCAGGAGCUUCUCAACUCUUCCUCCGAGACGUGACUUUUUUUACUGUGGACUUGAAUCAAACAGCGGCUACAAGUACGGCGAUCGCGGGUACCUGCACACGAACAGUGCCAGCUGUGACCAGCACCGUCCUAGCAGCGCCUGUGAUAGCCACGACAGUCGCGCCUGUAGUAGCUUCUGCAACGAAGCAACUCGUACAGGGGUCGCUCGUCAUGCAACUGGAGGGCUUGCCCACAGGUACUACAUAGAGUGUUUCUAUUCUGAUUAUAACAAAUAUUAAAGGUGGUCAGACAGUUGUAGAGUCACACUUGAAAAUUUUUACUGUUGGUUGAUAGAAGAAGCAUUUUUUUGAGUAAAAGUGAAAAAUGUGAUUUUAUUUACAACUAGCUGCGUAGUAACAAAAUGGAAGUGAAACAGAUACAACUGCAACUGGUGCACGUACAGACUUCCACUUGUACUCAAACAUGGAAUUGUGAGCACCGUCCUCACAAACGCCAGGUGUCGUCGCCUCCUUGUUUACCGAGGAUCGAGGAGUGUUGGACCUAGUGGGUGCCGGCAUCCUUCAAGCGUUGCAGGGUACUUCGCCAUCUGCGGCGACUAUUUUUGCUGGCGUCACCAUCCAGUCUGUGACGAUGACAUCAACUGUGCGCCGAAUGCGUAGGGAGCUUACAACGUCCUCUUCCCUCUCCCUUCUGCAGACGAGCGUGUCCACUUUCCGAGUAUCCUAUCAGCUCGUGGUCCCGAACAGCGCAUCCUCCACGGGAACAGGCGGAACGCAACAGGGAAGUUCGACAACGGCAGUGGUUAACGCACUCACUGCUCCCACCUCUGUGCUCACCGGGCAAAACUCCUUCGCCCCACUCGUAGCGUCCACAGUGACAGGCUUGUUCGCGUCGUCCACCGCGACGUCUCAGGCAGGCAGCUUUCCUCUGAACACAAUAAAGGCGACGCGGACCUACUACCCGCUAUCUGGGGCAACACCGCAGGUUCUAGUCACCGGCAACGUGGUGUUCACGACGACAAGCACGCCAGCGCCCACGUCGACGCCAGGUCCGACAACAGUGCCCAACAUCGUUGUAUUCUUACCGACGACCACGCUGGCUCCGGUUUCAACGACAUUGGCACCAGGAGCGGGCUCCUUCGUUUUCCAGACCGUAUCUGCUAAUAUGGGUUCAUUGGCGACGACCACGGGGGCUCCCGCAUAUGUCUCUCCGGGUAGCACGCUCGCAAAAGCUAGCGUGGACUACGGAAAUCUGGCGUUUUUCCUAGUGGUAAUGUUCUGCGUCAUCCUGGUCAUGGCUGUCGCCGCUUACGCGUACCACAAGAGAGAAAGAGAGCUCUUGUCCGGUCCGCAGAGAAACCAGCCUAUGGAGAGGCCGUCCGGUUCCCGCGCUCAGUACGAGAGGGAGGAGAGGAGGAAGAAGAUGGAGCUACGCGCCGCAAACCGACAAGACGCGAUUCAGUCCUUGCAUGACGAUAAAGUGUUGCUCACAUUGGACGCGGCGUUGGCGGAUAGCGACUUGGCUUCCUCUUUCGAGCUAAGUGAUAUAGAAUCUACUUACAGAAAUAACGAAGAAGGCAAUGCCAAAAAUGGCAACAUAAAUGUUGGGGAACAACAAGAAGAUAGAGCAGGCUUAUUAGAGGAAGAUGAAGAUAAGGAUAGAAGCGCUCGCGCAGGAGCUGCUGAUAAGUUCCUUGCUCCUGCUGUGGAUCCAAAGCAGCAUGCAAUUAUCGCUGCAGCAAUAGCCGAGAAAAAGGCCUCUUUGGCCGCGUCAAUAAAAGAUAGUGACUUGUUGGCACCGGAAAAGCAAGCUCUUCAGGGAGAAGGAGAAGCUGCUCCUCUUGAACAAGGUGGUUAUGCUUAUGAAGAAGGAGUAGACGAUUCCGCCAGGUAUCAUAAUAGCGACGUAGGGUCUCAUCAGUUUGGUGGUGAGGACGCAGACUAUCAGCUGCAGGAUGAAGACGACAACUUCUAUAACCAGCACUACGAGUACAACGACGAAGACCGACCUAUGAUUCCUGACCAUGAACCAGACGAGGACCCACAUGCGCCCUUUCUGCCUGACGUUCAGUCCUCUGGGCAACCGGGAACGACUCUGCUCAGUGUCCGGAAAGAAGAGGUAGAGGAGAGGAAGCCACACGUUCCUAGAGUGUCAGUAGGGCCAUCGAAUGAAAACUCUGUGGUCGUGGAGAGCCUGGGUAGCGUCACCAGGACCGUAAUCACGAUGGACGACGUCGUACUCGAAGAGAGGUAGAAGUUGAAGUUAUAUGUUCUAGUUGUAGUUUUUGUGUUGGAAUUCGCUUGUACAACAAGAGUGAGGUAUAACAAGGAGAAUAUGACAACAGACAAGAACUGUGUUUAUCCAAAAUCAAAAGAUCUAACCGGUGAAUUUGCGCUCCAAUAGGAGGCACUCACUUACUGGAUGACCUCACAGGUAGACAUGCACAGCUACAAACGAGGUUCCAUGACAUGACAUAGAAUAGGUACUAGAAGUUUGAUUGCAGAUGUUAUGUCAUUCUUCUUGACGUCAAGUGAACAACUACAAGAAGAUGAACAAGUAGGCGAUGUCAUUCUCUUUUGUGUCAGCGAGUGAGAGUGGGCUAAUAAAACAGAAACUUAAACUUUUUCUUCAACAUUGUUAAUGCUUAUACAGAUAACAUAGAGUCAGUUCUUCAUCAUGUACUUCUUACCUGUUAAUGUUACAAAAUGUUCCAGUUUGAAAACAGGAUGUUAAUAGUUUAGUAAAUCAUGCAUCCGACUUGGAUGUUCUUGCAAUUCAUCAAUGAGCAUAUGAUCUUUAACCAUGAUAAACAAGAGGUGAUGUACAGAAAUAUUUGCUAAUCCGCCUAAUCCAUCGUAAUGUAUCUCUCAUUGUGUAUAUUUUUGGUAUACCAGCUGGAAGUAGAUCAUUGUAGGAAUUUUUUUGCGUUACUCAUAACUUGAUGUUGCAUGAUAAGUACAAUUCAUCAUCUCAGAGGUUUUUGGACUUCUAAAGUCGAAAUCGCAUCGGAUUCUAGUAGAAUUUAACGUAUCAUCACAAGUGAAACAACAAUUCCAAGAAACAAAUUCGCAAAGAAAACAACCGCAAAAUACUCGCUCGCAAGUAUUUAUGGUAUGAAAAAUAUGAAGACGAAUGAAUAUGAACACCUCACCAGGAUUGACUAAAUGCAUUAAGGGAAAUCAUUCUCGUCCAUACCCCGCCGGGUCAACAUAGUGUGAUAGAGGAAGAACUAGUCUGAAGGUAGCAUGUCC